AUGUAUGACGGUAAUAAAGAUACUUUGAGUUCAACAAGUGGAAAACCAUUGUCGAGCGAAGAUAUACUUCAUAAAACUAAUCCAACGAAGAUUCAUGAUAAAUCAGCUAAAGAAAAAAGCGAAGAAUUAAAACGAGAAAAAUAUGUUGAAUCUGAUGUUUGUAAUGAUAUUUAUACAGAAACUACGAAAAGAUCAGAUUAUGCAUUUCAAAAUAGUAUAAUUACAAAAUCGUUAACGGAUCAAUUAGAAAAUUAUAUGACAAGUCGAUUCAAUGGUGAAUUAAUUAAUCCUGCUGUUCAAACAGGUGCCGAUAGAAUUGUUAAUCGUUUAUCGUAUAAAAUAGAAGUUGUAUGUAUUGGUAGUAAUGAAACAUUAGAAAAACAAUUGGAAAGACGUCGAGCUCAAAAUGUCAUUCGAUAA